AUGAGCAUGGACGACCUGAUUGAUAUGAUCAGAGUUUUGCAACAAAAGAUGGACGAGAUGCAACAGCGUCACGAGGACGAGCUGGCGGCGGUUAAGGCCGAUUGUGAGGCCUGGAUAGACCGGGAGCUCGCUGGAAAGGAAGGGGAGGAAGAGCGGGCAAAGGAGAAAGGAAAGGCCGCCGUCGAGGAUCACAUGGAACACAACAGCGAACACGACAUAACUUGGAGGCCGACGGAGUCCGAGGCCGAAGGGAACAAGGCCAAAUCAGUUCACGUGGAGAGCGCCGCCGAGGAUAGGCGGAUGGUGGUGAAGCCGGAGCCUUCAUCCACACUAUUGCUUCCUUUCGCCCAAAACAUAAUGGAUGUUCAGAUUUCGGAACAGUUCAUUGCGCCGCAAUUCAAGAUGAAUGACGGGACCACGGAUCCCGAGGCCCACAUCAAAACAUUUUCAAACACAAUGGCAUUCAGAACAGGCAACGACGCUAUCUGGUGUCGGGCGUUUUCGUUGUCUUUAGAAGACGAAGCACUGGAAUGGUUUACCUCUCUACCCCCCAAUUUCAUAGAGAAUUUCACCGGCCUAAAACGACUGUUUAAUCGGCAGUUUGCGGCCAACAGCACGCAGGACCUGACCGUGUUCGAGUUGGUCACCCUGAAGCAGGGUAAGGAAGAAACAUUGAGAGCGUUUAUGGACCGAUACCAGAAGACCGUCCGACGAGUGAAGGCAUUAAGCCCGGAGCUCGCCCUCCACUACAUCCUCCCGGCGCUCAAGCCCGGACCGUUUAAAGAUAGUGUCUGCCGACGGCCUCCGAAAACUAUGGAAGAGUUAAGGGAGCGUGCGGCGGACGAGAUUAGGGUAGAAGAGAUGAAAUUGUCCUAUAAGAAGGAGAACCAGGAGCUUAGGGGGGAGAGGGCGGACGGGGAAAAGCCCGGCAGUUCGACAGGAAAACCAGGCGGCCACAGGCAGAAGGAACCAAGGCGAGAACCACGUUUUUAG